GGGCAGUCCGGAGAAGUCAACGGUGAGGACGCACCAUGCCUCGUUUUACUGUCCACGUCAGGGACGAGUGGCUGACGGUGCCCUGUCGGGAUCCUUCCUGCACCAUACAGUGGCUGGGACUCGAGGCCCUCAAGCGCUACACCAAGAACAAGCCCGACAAUGGGGGGAUCAAAUCUGUCAAGGAGGUCCGCUUCGUCGCGCGGAGGUGUCAGGGGCAGGGGCUGCUGGACGCGGACGACACGAUAGAGGAUGUUCUGGAGGACAAUGAUUUUGUCGAACUUGCCAUCGAGGGGGACACCAUGUCCCCAGAUUUCAUCCCCUCCCAGCCUGGAGCCUCACAUCUUAUAACCUCAUAUCGAGAACCAGAGAGUUACCUCUUCCUGGAUGGCAGCAGUCUCACAACAACAGAUCUGGUAAAUUUAGGAAAAGGACUCUACAAAAUCAAGCUGACUCAGGAGGCGGAGAGCAAGGUGAUGCAGUCUCGGGAGCUCCUGGACACCAUCGUUAAAGAGAACAGAGUCGUGUACGGAAUCACCACAGGAUUUGGGAAAUUCGCCCGAACUGUUAUCCCCGUCAGCAAGCUCAAGGAACUGCAGGAGAACCUGGUGCGAUCUCACUCAGCAGGUGUGGGCAGCCCUCUGAGCCCCGAGCGGACCCGCAUGCUGCUGGCUCUGAGGAUCAAUGUUCUGGCCAAAGGCUACAGCGGUGUCUCUCUGGACACCCUCCACAAGAUGAUUGAGGCCUUCAAUGCAUCCUGCCUCUCCUAUGUCCCUGAGAAGGGGACAGUUGGUGCCAGUGGAGACCUUGCACCCCUGUCUCACCUGGCCCUGGGGCUGAUGGGGGAGGGAAAGAUGUGGUCGCCGAAGAGUGGCUGGGCUGAUGCCAAAUACGUACUGGAGGCUCAUGGGCUGAAGCCGAUAUCCCUGAAGCCCAAAGAGGGUCUGGCCCUGAUCAAUGGGACUCAGAUGAUCACGUCUCUGGGAGCGGAGGCUGUGGAGAGGGCCCAGGCCAUCGCCAGGCAAGCCGACAUCAUCGCAGCUCUGACCUUAGAAGUACUAAAGGGGACGACCAAGGCCUUUGACAGCGACAUCCACGAGCUUCGCCCCCACCCAGGCCAGACUGAGGUCGCCCUCCGUUUCCGCUCCCUGCUUGACUCUGACCACCACCCGUCCGAAAUUGCUGAGAGCCACAGGUUUUGUGACCGGGUCCAAGAUGCCUACACCAUGCGCUGCUGUCCUCAGGUGCAUGGUGUGGUCAAUGACACGAUAGCUUUCGUCAAGAACAUCAUCAACACAGAAAUCAACAGUGCCACCGACAACCCUAUGGUGUUUUCUGAGAGAGGAGAGACAGUUUCCGGAGGGAAUUUCCACGGGGAAUACCCAGCUAAAGCUCUGGACUUCCUGGCCAUUGGGGUGCAUGAGCUGGCCUCCAUCAGUGAGCGGAGGAUCGAGAGGCUGUGUAACCCCUCCCUCAGUGAACUGCCUGCCUUCCUGGUCAACGAGGGGGGUUUGAAUUCAGGGUUCAUGAUCGCCCACUGCACUGCUGCGGCCCUGGUGUCAGAGAAUAAGGUGCUGUGCCAUCCUUCCUCUGUGGACUCCCUGUCCACCAGCGCUGCCACUGAGGACCAUGUGUCGAUGGGUGGCUGGGCGGCCAGGAAGGCCCUGAGGGUAGUGGAGCACGUGGAGCAAGUUCUGUCCAUUGAGCUGCUAGCGGCCUGCCAAGGCAUUGAGUUCCUCCGCCCCCUGCGCACCACCACACCACUGGAGAAGGUCUAUGACCUUGUGCGCACCGUGGUCAAGCCCUGGAUUAAGGACCGCUUCAUGUCUCCAGACAUUGAAGCUGUCCACAGGCUGCUGCUUGACCAGAAGGUGUGGAAUGUCGCACAGCCCUACAUCGAGAAGUACCGCGUGGAGCACAUUCCAGAGUCCCGCCCCACCUCGCCAACAGCCUUCUCCCUGGAGUCUCCGACGUCACCACGGAAACGUGUGCGCCUUGAGUGAUGGAGCCAAUGCAAUUGGAUGGUUGGAUGCAUUUUAAUAAAAGUGCUUUGGUGCUGGUUUCAUUUUAAAAUUUUAUAUCUUCAGCAACAGAGUGGAGAAGAAGAAAAUGCAUAGCACUCAUGAUAUUACUACAAUGUCACAGCAGCAUUAUGGCAAUAUUAGUCUUGUAUUAAGAACUAUCCUUUAACUGUAUCAUUACUUGGGGCAAGGCCAACUAGUGUAAUAUAUUUACUGUAGACUAUCAUCUAAAAAUUAGAUAUGUUCAUAUCAGUAGAUGAGUGGGUGUUUGUUAUAUUGUACCACUGUGAAUGUGAUUAAAGAGACCGUACUCUA